UGGCUGGGUAUUUAAAGCCACCAUGGCGCCACUAUCGCUGAAGAUAGUGCUUGACGAGGGAGCUGUCACCAGAACCCUGAUGUUCGACACCACCACCAAGAUCCAGGAAGCACACAGAAUUGUCCGCGACAAGAUACUUACCUUAGACCCUGCUAAAGAAUAUGGCUUCUUCUUAACAUCGGUGGAAAAUGACUCUUCCGGGGUGUGGCUGCUUGAGAACAAGACCCUGGAGUACUACAUGCUGCGAGACGGAGACUCUCUCUUCUAUCUGCCCAAGUUGCGGAACCUUAAAGUGCGGAUGCUGGAUGGUGCUGUCAAGACACUACAAGUAGAUGAAUCGCAGAAAAUCGAGGAAUUAAUGGUUGUGAUAUGCGAAAAAAUUGGAACCGCAAACCACGAAGAGUAUAGUCUGUGCCGCGAAGAAUCAGAAGCCGUAUCAGAAACUACAAAACCUAUGACUGGCACACUGACUUUGAAAAGAAAGGAUAUACAAAAGAAAAAGGAUGCUCUCCUUCAACAUCUGAGCAAGAAGCUGAAAACAGAUGACAAUGUGGAAUGGUUAGACCAGCGCAAAACCCUCCGCGAGCUGAAUGUAGACCCCAAAGAGACCUUGCUAUUCAAGCGACGCCUCUACUACAGCGAUGGAAAUGUCGGGUCAAGGGACCCCGUGCAGUUGAACCUGCUGUACGUACAGACUAGGGAAGCUAUCCUGGAAGGAAGACAGGUUGUGACUGAAGAGAGAGCGGCCGAGUUUGCCGGAAUACAAUGCCAGAUUCAGUUUGGAGACUUCCAGGAGAAAAAACACAAACCAGGAUUCAUUGAGAACUUGAAGGAGUUCGUGCCAGAGCAAUACGCGAGUUCGUGGGGUAUCGAGAAGAAAAUAAUCAAGAUACAUCAGAAGUACACCGGCCUGAGCGAAAUUGACGCCAAGAAUCUGUACACGAAGACCGCGAGAGAGUUGCCAACCUAUGGCGUCACGUUCUUCUUGGUAAAGGAACAACAAAAAGGCAAGAAGAAGCUAGUGCCUCGCCUGCUGGGGAUCAACUCGGAGUCCAUUCUGCGGCUCAACGAAGAAACGAAGGAGAUUCUGCAGACCUGGCAACUUACCCAAGUGAAGAGCUACACAGCUGGAAACGAAUCUUUUACCUUGAAUUUUGGUGAUUAUAGUGAUAAGAGCUACAUAGUGAAAACCAACGAUGCGACACGCAUCAAAGACAUCCUGGAGGGUUACAUCGACAUUAUUCGCAAGAAGCUGGCAGCGCCUUUUAACACCACCCACGUGGUUGGAGAGGCCAUGUGCGAAGACAUGGUGGAAUCAUCAAAAGCCACUGUGGUUCAGACGGUGGGACCAUCAAAGUUAGUCGAACACUCUCUCGUAGGACCGAGUCAAAUUUUGUCUGUAAAUCAAGGUCAAAUGUCACAACAAGGAACGCAAAUCGUGACAGUACAGCAAAUAAUAACAAGUAUUAGAGGUAACAAGAGCCAACAACCAAUGCAAGGAGAAAUUUGCAUGCGUGGCAAUAUCACUCAGGACUUUGGGAAACGGCUUAACCACCUUAAUUCCGAAUGCGUUAAGACCGUGGUCCUGUUAUCAAACCCUACAAUGGAUAAUAUUCAGCAAGUAAGGAAAAUCACAAAUAAUAUGGAUGACGCCAUACCUGUUAUACAAAAAGGUAUCAAAGAAGUUGCUAAGAACUUACAUGGUGAUGCAUCGCAGAAACUUCUAGAAGAACUAGACGAGCUAUGCAAUUAUAUGAACUUAUUAUCCGCUACAACGCAAAAAAGCGAUCUUAGCAAUCCCGACAACUUAAUGACCGCGCAAGAUGCUGCUAGAAAGGCUGCAGAAGUUUCUACCCAGAUGUGCUUUUCUUUGGACCCGAAGAUAAAAAGACGUAGUACUCUACUCAAGCGUUCGCGUAACAGCUUCAUUCAAGAUGAAAAGACUGAAGCAUCGCUUCGACGGGCUUCCUUCAUCAACGCUGCUGACAACGCUUCGCAAGCAUUGGAAGAAGCCAAAGAGGAAUUGGAUCAAAUUUACAAAGGCCCUAUUCUUAGCGAUCAUGAAUUAAAAAAACUGGAGAGCAAAGCGGUUGACCGAAUGGGAAAAUUGAAUGCUGCUAUCGCACUACUUCUGAAUGCUCAUGCAGAUCCAAAGAACAUAGACUAUGAAAUGGCAGUUAAUUCAAUGAAAACAAUUAAUGAAAUUAUGCCGGAGUUUGUUCAAGAUUCGAAACCUUUAACUGGUAUUGGAGACAGCAAUUCCGGAAGGGCCCUACGAGAACAAAUAGGAAAUCUUUUAAAUCGUACUGGAUCUAUCUGCAAACUCACUGGUUCUGCUGAUAUUGAGACUAUGCAAUUCGAAGGGGAUGAGUACGCAAAUGUAGCCAGAAAACUUAUAUUCACGUUCAGUAGAUCCUACUGUAAGCCUAGUGCAACUCCCAUGGCUGAUGAGGAGAACAAGAUAAGAGCCCUCGUCAAGGACGUUGAAGAGAAAGCUUCUGCGCUGCUGUCGGAAACCAAGGAGUUAAAAGCUUUGGAGCAAAACGAUCCUCGUACAAAUGAUCUGGAUGCAGCGGAAGUGGACUGUUCUGACGCUGUUAAAUCUCUUCUAGUUUGUGCUAAGUUGACAGCGUCAUCAAUCCACGAGCCUCAUUGCCAAAGUGCAUUGACUGCGGCAGUUGAAAACGUCUCAUCAUCAGCACAGAACCUAGUGUUAUGCAGCAAGCCUCUAGUCGAGAAACCGAACCGGCAUAAUAUUUCACAUAAACUAUCCGAUGGAUCAAUUAAUUUAGCAAAAGCAUUAGAUAGGUUGAAGGAAUACUACUCUAAUAUUAAUGGGACGAAACCAGAAGAGAUGGACAUUUCUGAAGAACCAAAUGUACAAGAUUCUAAUCGACUUCAAUUUAUUGCCACUAAAGCUGCGAUUAUGGAUGCGGACAAAGAGUUACUGGAAAUGAUGAAUAAUCCAGUGCCAUUGAAUGCAAAAUCUAAUCACAGAAAUAGAGAUCCAGCAGUUCAACGUCUUUUAUCACAAAAACUAGCUCAGCUGAAUGCUGCAAUUGCGUCUUUACUACAAGCUACGUCUGACCAAGAAGACCCUGACUAUGAUUCAGCGAAAACCGCAACAAAGACAAUUUGUGAACUGCUUCCAGAUAUAAUUAAAGAAACAAAACCCAUGCAAGAUACAAUGGAUGAGAAUUCCUGGAAUGAUACGUUAUCCACUCUCCAGGAUAUGCUCGAAGCGACUCGAGGUAUUUGUAAAAAUUCUGAAGAUAAUAACAUACAGGAGCUAAAUAACGCUGCAUCCAGAUUUGCAAAUUCUUCAGGGAAAUUAGUAUACGUAUUUAAUCCUCGCAAAAAUCCUAGUAAAGAAAAGGAGAUUACAGAUUUGUCGAAAAAAGCUCUUCAAGACACUAGCCAGUUGCUUUCAAAUGUUUAUGUUCUUGCUGAAACAAUUGGGGGGACAGCUGGUGAUGACCUGGAUAAUGCAGGAGUUAAAGUUGUAGAUGCUGCACAAGUGAUGCUUAAAACAGCUGAGAUAACAGCACCAAGCAUAGCAGAACCACAGUGUCAAGCAACUCUAUUUAAAUCAAUUGACUCUCUCUCUGAUCACACGCGAAUGCUUGAACGAACUUGGAAGCCUUUAGUGCAAUCAUCUGAUUUUUGUCAAGUAGGAGAUGAGCUUUACCGUGAUCUUAAUCUAGUACAAAUUGGACUGAAAAAGUUACGUAGAGCCUGUCAAGAUAGUACUGAUGAAGAUAAUACAAAGAAUGCCGAAGCAAUAAAAAUUAAAGAACAAGAAUUAAUAAGGCUGAAGUUUAUUGCGACAAAAACAGCUGCUCGAAGUGCACUGACUGACGCAGACCAAUAUUUGGAUGAAAUAAUGAAGAAACCUUUAUCGGAGACUCAAUCCAAGGAUAAAGUUCAAAGUAUGAAUCCGGAAAUUCAACAUCGUAUGUCUGAAAAACUAGCAGAGCUAAAUGCAGCGGUUGCUAUGCUAAUGCAAGCUAGCACUGAUAAAAAUAAUCCUGACCUUCAAAAUGCACAAACGGCAAUCAAUAAGAUUUGUAAAAUAACUCCAGAUAUGAUUACAGAUACUGAACAUUUGCGGAGAAAUAUGGACGGCAACGAAUGGAAAAAAAUUGUAGAACAUCUUAGAGCUAUUCUAGAUGCAACACGAGGGAUUUGUUCUGACUCUCAAGAAGAUGCCAAGGAAAUAAACGAUGCAGCAUCUAAAUUUGCUAAAUCUUCCGGCAAGUUAACCUACAUUUUCAACCAACGUAAAAAUCCGACAAAAGAAAAACAGAUUUUAGAUUUGUCGAGAUCCGCGGUCGAGGAAACUUCUCAGAUAUUGUCCCAUGUAUACCGACUUGCAGAAUCAGUUGGAGGCAAUAAUGUCAGCAAGUUGGAUGACGCCAGAGUUAAAGUUGUAGAUAUUGCACAACAGCUACUCAAAACUGCAGAGAUAACAGGUCCAAGCAUUACUGAUGCUCCUUGCCGAGAAGCCUUACUCUCAGCUAUUAACCGUCUUUCCGGGCAACUGAAUGAAUUGAAAAAUACAUGGUUGCCUCUACUGGACGAACCUAAGUAUCGUCAGGUUGGAAAUAACCUCGAACGGGAUUUGAAAUCAGUUGAAGUGAUCCUUAACAACUUAAGAAACGCCUGUCAGGAUGAAUCUGGUAACGAAAGUGCAGCCUAUUCUAAAAUUAAAAAAGAUGAAACACAACAAAUAAAUAAAAUGAAAUUUAAUGCUACAAUGUCAGCAGCUAAAAAUGCAAUGAUCGAUGCUCAUAAGCAAUUGGAAGUCAUAAUGAAUAAACCUUCGAAGAAAUCGCAGGAUGAUAAUUGCAGAACGAAUCCUGAAGUACAACGGUUUUUAUCUGAGAAGUUAGCAGAAUUAAAUGCAGCAAUUGCAACUUUAUUACAAGCUUCUUCUGAUUAUAAUCAUCCUGAUAAUGCUGAAAUGGCAAUCAAAAACAUUUGUAAGAUAACUCCAGCCAUAAUCAAAGCGACAGAAAAUUUGCAUGAAAGUGUGGACGAUAUAUCAUGGAAAGAAAUAACAGAAAAUUUUAAAGAUAUUCUCAAUGCGAUCCAAGAUAUUUGUUCAAACUCUCAAGAUGGUGAUGUGAAGGAAAUGAACGAUGUGGCUUCCAAAUUUGCAAAAUCGUCUGGCAAAUUAACGUACAUUUUUAAUCCUCGCAAAAAUCCAAAACAAGAGGAACAAAUUACAGUUUUAUCGCGAUCUGCUGUCGACCAAACUUCUCAAAUGUUGUCGAGAGUAUACCAACUAGCCGAAUCGGUUGGAGGUGAAGACGGCAACGAGCUGGAUGACGCUGGAGUUAAAACUGUUGAUGUUGCGCAACAUUUACUCAAGACUGCUGAGAUUACAGCUCCAAGCAUUGCUAAUGCCCACUGUCGGGAUGCACUACUUUCAACAAUUGACCGGCUUUCUGGCCAACUACGUGAUAUGGAAAAUACAUGGAUGCCUGUAGUAGAACAACCCAAAUAUCGUCAGAUUGAAAAUCAGCUAAAAGAUCAUAUGAAAUCAAUUGGAAAAGUGCUUGAUAAUUUAAGAAAUGCCUGCCAGGAUGAUGCUGGAAAUCAUGAUUUUGUAUCUACUGAAAAGAGAGAAAGAACUAGACUCAAAUUUAUGGCUGCAAAGUCAGCAACUAAAAAUGCAUUGAUCGAUGCUAAUAAACAAUUAGAUGAACUAAUGAAUAAGCCUAUACCGAAGAAAUGCAAAGAUAAUAUAAGCAAUCCAGAAGUUCGACUUCGUUUAUCUGACAAACUAGCAGAGUUAAAUGCAGCAAUCGCUUACUUGCUCCAAGCUAAUUCUGAUCAUGAUAGUCGUAAUUCAGUGACUAAUUCAGAAAUGCCAAUGAAUACUAUUUGUGAAAUGAUUCCGGCUAUUAUCAAAGAUACCGAACUUUUGCACGGUAAUGUGGAUGAUAAGUCAUGGAAACAAAUAGUGGAUAAUCUUAAAACUAUUCUAGAGGCAACACAAAUGAUUUGUUUAAACUCCUGUGAGGGUGAUUUUAAGGCAAUGAAUGACGUGAGUUCCAAAUUUGCGAAAUCUUCUGGCAAGUUAACGUACAUGCUUAAUCCUCGCAAAAUUCCAGAGAAAGAGGAAAAGAUUUCAGAUUUGUCGAGAUCAGUGGUCGAGGGAACUUCCCGGAUGUUGUCCCACGUUUACCAACUUGCAAAAUCAGUUGAAGGUGAAACUGGUAACAAGUUAGACAAUACUGGAGUUAAAGUUGUUGAUGUUGCACAACAACUACUCACAACUGCUGAGAUUACAGCUCCAAGCAUUGCUAAUGCGUACUGUCGGACAGCUUUACUCGCAGCAAUUGACCGUCUUUCUGACCAACUACAUGUGAUGAAAAAUACGUGGACACCUUUAGUAGACGAACCUGCGCAUCAUCAAAUUGGAAAUGAGCUGAAACAUGAUUUGAAAUCAGUUCAAAUGGUGCUUAGCAAUUUGAAAACCGCUUGUCAGGAGGAGACUGGAAAUGAUAACAGUGGUUCUUCCGAAAUAGAAGAAAGAAACCGUCUCAAAUUUAUUACUACAAAGUCUGCCGUUAAAUACGCUCUCUCUGAUGCUGAUAAACAAUUAGAAGAAAUAAUGAAAAACCCCACGUCAAAGGAACCCGUGGAUAAUAAAAGCCAUACUAAUCCGGAAGUUAAACGGCGUAUGUGUGAAAAACUAGCAGAGCUAAAUGCAAUAACUGCAACUUUGUUGGUAGCUAGUUCUGAACUUGAUAAACCAGAUUACGGAAAUGCAGUAACAGCAAUGAAUAAUAUUAGUAAAUUAACUCCUGGUAUAAUUGAAGAUACACGAUAUUUGCAUGGAAGUGAAGACCAGAAAUCUUGGAAAGAAAUAACAGAUAAUCUUAAAGUUAUUUUGGGAGCAACACGUGAAAUUUGUUCAAUCUCCCAAGAGGGUGAUAUUAAGGAAAUGAAUGAUGCAGCUUCCAAGUUCGCAAAAUGUUCUGGCAAGUUAAUCUACAAUUUCAGCCCACGUAUAAAUCCUAAAAAGGAAGAGCAGAUUUCGGUAUUGUCACGAUCUGCCGUCGAACAAAUUUCUCGAAUGCUAUCCAAUAUUUAUAAACUCGCUGAAUCAGUCGAUAAUGCGGAAGGACAAAAGCUUGAUGACGUUGGUGUAAAAGUAGUUGAUUUUUCACAACAAUUACUUAAAACUGCUGAGGUAACAGCACCAAGCAUUGCUAAUUUAAAUUGUAAAACAGUUCUAUUAGCAGCUAUUGGACGUGUUUCUGAUCAAAUACUGAAUAUGGAGGGCAAUUGGAAACAAUUGAUAAAAGCACCCGAACAUCAGCGGAUUGGAGAUAAGCUCAAUCGUGAUUUAAAUCUGAUUCAAAUCGCGCUGCAGAAAUUAAGUGAAGCCUGUCAAGAUGAUACCGGUACUGAAAUAAUAAAGCACCCGGAAACACAACGACUGAUGUUCAUAGCAACUGCAUUGAAAGCUGAGAAAUCAAUGAUAGAGGCUGAAAAAGAGAUGAAUGACAAAACACCCGUGAAGCCAUUAGAAAUGUCCGAGUUUCCAGCGAUGAAACGUUCUUUAUCAAAACGACUGGCACGUUUAUUAUCCACUUUAGCGUCUUUAGUUCUAGCUACUACAGAUGAUGAUAAACUUGAUUAUAAUAUGGCAACACGCUCAAUUGAUACCAUAUCUCGCCUUACACCAGCUGUCAUAAAAGAUGUGAAAUCGAUUAAAAAUAAUAUCGACGAUAACUCUUGCAAAAUUGUUGAUGAAAAUCUUAAUGAAGUUGUUGUUACAACGCGACGAAUUUGUAGGCACGUUGAAGAUAACAAUACUCAGGAAAUAAAAGAAGCAGCAUUUAGAUGUGCGCAAUCAGUUGGCAGGUUGAGCUACGUGUUUAAUCCACUACCAAAUACGAAAAAGGAAAAUCAGAUCCUGGAUCUUUCUAGAUCUGCUGCUGAACAGACUUCUUUGAUGAUGUCCGAUGUGCAUGAAUUAGCAGAUAAAAUAGGUGGAAGCGCGGGCAAAAAACUGAACAAUACAAAAGUCCAAGUUGUUAGAGCUUCUCAAAUACUACAAAAGACUGCUGAGAUAUUAGCGCCAACUAUAAGUGAUUCAUACUGCCAAGAAACCCUUCUAUCAUCUGUAGAUGAACUGUCUAGCCUUUCCGAAGUACUGAAGGCAAUAUGGAAGCCAGUAGUCCAAGCUCCGCAACUUCGUAAAACCGGUGAUCAACUUGAACAAAAUCUGAAACAUGUUCAUAAUAUUCUGGAGAGUUUAAGAAAAGCAUGCCAAGAUCCUGACAUUUCAGAGCAAUCGGUGCCUACGCAUAUAAAUGUACAAUCUGCUAAAAAUAAAAUUAAAGAAACAGAAAAAUUGUUCCUAGAAGAUAAAAUGGCUGAACUACCAGCCAAUGAGGGUUUGGAGAAGCCGGGAACAGUUAUUAAACCAAUUUCAGAACAAAGAGAGCAAAUAUCAUCCAAAAUAGGCGCCCUGAAUGAGGCUAUGGCACUACUUCUGCAAGCUAUGUUAGAUCUCAAAAAUCCAGAUAAUGUGAAAAGGGUUAAACAAAGCGUAGAUGUCAUUUCAAACCUCUCUCCAGAAGUUAUUAUAGAAACUUUAGCUCUACAAAAAAACGUAGAUGACAAUUCCCGCCAAAUAUUAUUUGACGAAGCGAAAGCUUUGUGCACCGCAAGCCAAGCAGUGUGCGAUAGUGUUGGCAAAUGUAGCAUUGAGGAACUUAACAAUGCCGCUUCUCAAUAUGCUCAAACUUCAAGGAAGUUACAUUACAUCAUCAGCCCUCGCACAUAUCCUAAUAAAGAGAAAAAGAUAAUAGACAUGUCAAAAUCUGCUUGUGAGAGGACAUCACUGAUGCUUUCUCGAGUGUCACGUCUAGCUCAAUCUAUUGAGAGGAAAAAAGGAAUCGACCUCGAUAACUCUGGAGCAAAGGUUGCUAAUGCUGCUCAAGUUUUGCUAAAUAAUGCGCAGAUUACAGCACCUUCCAUCAGCGAAAAGAACUGUCAAUCAGCAUUAGUGUCAACGGUUAACACACUAACUGAGCAUGUUCAAGAUCUCAAAGAGUGCUGGAUGCCAGUAGCUCGACGUGCAGAGCAUAAGGAAAUUGAAGGGCAACUUUCUAGAGACCUUCAUUUAUUGUUAACUGAAUUGAAUAAACUUAAAGAAGCGUGCCAAGAUGAUACAGAAGAAGUUACAAAGGAAGUUCAACAACAAAAAUGCUUUAAUACUAAACCCAAGGAAUCCCAUAUUGAAAAUAUUGAUAGAAUACUUGAAGAUAUACAAAAAAAUGUCAAUGAAGAAAAAGCACUGGAUAACAACAAGGUUGCAGAACGACUAACGGUUGAAGAUAAUCCUUUAAGGACUUUAGCAUCAAAAAUACUGGAUUUUGUCAUGAUGAAAUUAAAUUCCGGUACAUUACAACCUCACCAUAUUUCACCGAACGAACAAAAUGAGCUUAUCGCGUUUUCAAAGGAAUUACAGGGUGCUAUCAAAUCAUUCGACAUUACCAACGCAAAAUGUCGUAAUUCACCUCUGGAUUUAAAGAAACGUCAAGACCUUGAAAAUGCAAUCAUGAAUCUGCAACAGAUAUGUUUACUAUCACGGCGUAAUAAUGGAGAUCAAAAUAAUAUCGUUGAUUUAACGAACUACAUUGAUGACGUAAUAGCAGGCGUUGAUGAUGUGUCUAAAACAGUUGAUGGAAUCAAACAUGAACAAGGAAAAGAAACAUUAAUGGAUAUUAAGAACGUUUGCGAAACCAUAAAAGAAAAUGCAACAAAAGUAUUGACUUUAGAAGAAGAACAGCUAGCAGACGGAAAUAUUAUAGACGACAUGCUUAAAAUAGACCAGUUUGCAAAGGAUUGCGAACAACGUAUUAAACAUAUGGAUUUAGCUGUGUCUAAAAUUAACGAUGAUAAAUCAAGAAAGAUACUUCGUGAUAAGCUACAGUCUCUAACAGGAUGUUGUGAUCUAUUGAGAUUUGCAACGAAGAGCAGCAUUUCAAGUGCCGCAAGUGCAACACUUGACGAAGGUUUGCAGAAUCUGGAAGAUGUCGAAAAGAAAAUUGACAUCAUAUUAAUACCUAAUGAAGGGAAUGACGUUGAAGUUGAUGAAGUGGUAAGCAUGCAAGCAAUACAAGCAGCACAGACGGCUAUGGCUACAGCGGUAGCAGCGAACAAUGAAAACGAGCUGCCUAAAGCAUUGGCAAAAUAUGCUGUGAAGAUGAAAUGUAUUGGCGUCAGUAAUCACAAAUUGAAGCUAAAAGAUCAUAUCAAAAGACUUCUGGAUUUACUGAAAGUAAACGCAGUUGUGAUUUGUCGGCGUGUUGCAACAUGGCAAGAUGCUAAAGGUCCUGAAACAAUUGCUACAAACAUUAAAAUUUUAGAGGAAUUAAAAUCAUUUGCGGAUGAAGUACAGCAAUCUCAAAACCAUAGCCAGAAAGGAUCUUCAACUCAAGUACAAAUUUUGAGAGACAGUGAUACCAAAAAUUUACUCACACCAAGCGAAUCUACUGUAACAGGAAGUCAAAUGGAACUUAGCAAUAAACUGCAACAGCAAAUCCAAAAAUUGAAUUCUAUAUCUGGCACCAUAACGCUCAGUUUACACAAACCCGAAUCCUUGAGCAGAAGUCUUCACGCCACUUCGGACGCCGGUCAACACUUAGCAGCUAUAGCCAGAGGAAUAAAGAGCGAGGACCCUGUACAGAAUAAACGAAUAGAAGAAGCUGUACAAGAAAUGAGCGUAGCUACUUUCAAUUUGUUGAAGACAUCGGAAGAAUCUUGUCAUUCGUCAAAUCAUGUCGAUUCAAGAAGAAGACUGCUAGAAGCGUGUAGAUUACUGAACGAAGCAAUAAAUAAACUGGGUCGUGCUGCGUUCCCGUCGGAUAAGAUGAAGAACGAAUGCUGCGAGAUGAACCGCAACCUCCAGCUGCAGCAGACAUUCCUGCAAGCCGGCACUCCGACCUGUGCGCUCAGCUAUACAGACUGCAUGGACGCUCUGAACAACCAGAACGAUGUUAUACAAAAGCUCAGAUCUGAAGAACCUAUACCACGCUCAGAUAUGACCACUUCUCUCCGCUAUGUGACGUCCGCUGUGUGUAACAGUGCAGAGUUCGCAGCUCAAAGUGCUCAUUUGCUAUCACUAACUGAUGCGGAGCAAAAUCUGGCGAAACAAGGUGUCAUGGAUUUAUCACGUUUAUACAAUGUGAUUGAGGCUGUAGAGGACACGUGCUUCCAGCUAAUCUGCGCUGGCCCAGGGGAACAGGCUACAGAACUUAAUGGUCAUCUAAUAAAGCAAGUGCAACAAUUACAAGAAGCUAUAGACGAGGCAUCUCAAAAAGUUAAGGACAACGUUAAGCAUCCCAUAAAUGCCAAUUCCAGCGAACUAAAGAAUGCGCUGGGAGUAUUACGGAAAGGACUGCAUCAACCUACAAUUAUUAAGGAGGCAGACUUUACAUUGAAGAUAAUGAAAUAUAUAGACAGUAUAAAAAAGAUUGACGCCAUCAUCAAAAAAUUGCCGCAACCUCAAAUAGACACGGAUCCUAAGAAGACCAGUAUGGCUACUGAUGUCAUAGAUCAUACCAAGAGCUUAGUAACUAGCACAUCGAUGUUGGUAAAGAAAGCAAGCUCCUCCGAACAAAGCGUAAUGAAUUGGACGAUGUUUGGAAGCAGUGACGUUAUCAAGGCGUUUGAGGCACUCGUCACAUGCAUCCGAGAAAAAGGCGCCGAAGCUGGCUUCAUUGAAUCAUUGAAAAAUGUAGAGGAUCAAGAUUUACCUCCCAAGAGCGUCGUGCAAAAACAAGUUGAAUUGGUAAAUUCUUGGCUGCGAAGACCAGCUUCAAAGGAAAAAGACAAAGCCGCAGGAGUGAAAGCUGCAGAACAUGUGGUGGAUUUAGCUGAGCAGAUGUGCGAAGAUCUCACAGGUCCUGAGAAAGAAGAAAUGAGACACAUAGUUACAGAAACUAAGCAACUGCUGGGCGAUUGUACUGUCAAAUACAACAGUGAUAAAGCUUACUUGCUGUUGGAGCGUCUGAAGGAACUCCGUAAGAUGCUGGAGAAGGGAGUUGUUACAAGAGUUAUUGAAGACUUCCUUGUCGAAAUCCCUCUGGACAGCCUGGAUAAUCUGCAGCAAGAAACAGAUCCAAGAAAACGUAAAUUCCUACUGGACAAGAAGAUAGCUGAGCUACUGGCACAGCUGGGGCGAGUGACGAAGACCGCCAGGUUCGUUGCCGACACCGGCAACGCGCCCAAACUAGAACUCAGCAGUUCUACUGACCAGGUUCAACUUCUCGCGCCAGCUUUGGUCAAAGCGGCUCAGGACAGGAUCGAAGGUCCCGCUAACCAGAAUACAAUACAGCGUUAUGAGGAUCUGCUACAAAAAUAUGCUGAAUCUUUGUCCAAAGUGCGAGAGCUCUGCGACCAAGCUGUUGAUCCUAUCGACUUCGCUCAGGCUGCAGGAGAAACAAUGCAUCGCAUCAAAGAAGACAUCGCAGUUAGCAAGGAUCCGCAGAAAAGUGUUUACACAUCCAAAGUUAUUUUGAAACUUGGAAACCGCGUGGUAAGGGCCGGCAUGAAAUCCUCGCUGGUCAAAAACGACCCCGAGUUGAAGGAAACCCUGGCAAAGAUAGACCAGACGGUUACAUCGAAGUAUCAGGACAUAAGGAAAGCUGAUUGGGGGGACGUUAUGGCUGAGAUAAUGAAAAAGACCAGUGAAGUGGAAUCAGCGCUGGGCGGAGAGAAUAUCUUCCUCAAGCAAGCGAAUGCCGAUCAGCCUAUAUACGCGGCAGCUCUUGACCUACACGCGGCAGUGCGGGAGUGGUCAGCACGCGAUAACGAAAUCGUGGCCGUCGCUAAGCGCAUGGCGGUAUCAAUGGCCCGGCUCUCAGACUAUAUGAACACAGAGAACAAACGGGAGCUGCUCCACACGUCAAAGUCCAUCGUGUCGCAAUCAAGGGAAGUCGCGGCCCUGGCCAAAAAGCUGGCCCUGGAGUGUACAGAUAUGAGGAUAAGGACUAAUCUCCUACAAGUUUGUGAGCAGAUACCCACAAUUAGUGGGCAGUUGAAAAUGCUGAUCACGGUCAAGGGCUCAUCUUUUGGACAAGGAAGUAAAGAGGACAAGGAAGCGAUGAAUACUCUGGUGGGGAACGCCCAAAACCUCAUGACAAGUAUCCAAGAGGUGGUGAAAGCGGCCGCCAGCGCCUCCGUGAAGAUCAUGUCACAGCGAGGGUCCCGGAUGAAGUGGGUCCGGAGGAACUAUUACUGAUAUCAACAAUGACUGAUGACUUACAGAAUAUUUAUAAUAACAGCAGGGCUAGUACAGGCAGGAGACAAAAAAUACAUCCCCCGGUUAUAUAAAUUAAGUGUCCACUUGCUAAAGCACCAAUACAUGGAAUAAAACACAUAUUUUAUUUGGAUAUUAUUUCCACUUGUGCGCCAGUGCUCUGAGAGUUGAUAAAGCUGUGGGAGAAGAUAUAUUUAUAUCUUUUACCCGGGGAUAUAAUUGUCUCUUGCAUGUGCAGUUUUUAUCGAAUUUCAAAUAAAUGCAUUUAUUUCAAGUAGGCCUACUUUUGCAACGACAAGUUUGUCUGUUUGUAGUGACUGAAUAUUUGUAUGCAUUUAUGAAACAAGGGUAAAGUAAGUUCAACCGUUUUAAUGUAAAACUCUUUAUUACCAAACUUAAUAAAGUUAGUAUAUAUAG